GCGCGAUUGUCAAUCUUCAAAAAAGCAGCCUGCGGCUCAUACUGCUGUUUCUAGCUGCAUUCAUGCAGCGGGACGAUGAUCUCGUCGGAGGAGUUCAUUUUGCAUGAGUACAGCGGUCUUAAGGUGUUGGUCCAAACCUUCGUCUUCUGCAGAGGAGGUUCUUUACAGGAUAGUGGAAGAUGGUGCCGAUCUUUCCCGCAGCACCCGAUGAUCUUCGUGUCUAUGAGGGAAAUUGUUGUUUUGAGCUGCUUGCACGAUCUGGAUCAUCUCUGUUUCUUCCCCCGCCGCUGGCCUUAAGCGAUUCGUGAGACACGAGAAAGCCAAGAUGGUCGAUGCACGCACACGACUCUCAUUGUGUCGUAUAGCCUUGCCAGUGCCCUCGUUCGCCUAUCUACCACAGUCAUCGGGUAGUUGUACCAGCGUAGAGGCGGCUGUCCCCGCUUGUUGUUUCUUUGUGGAGUAGAUCAAGAUCUCGGCUGCUCUCCAAAGACUACACAGCACCGGCUUGCAACGAACCGCUAGAAGGAGCAGCCCCAGACCAUCACCCCCACCGGCAGCAAUAAUAAAAUGGGCACCGUAUUUUCAUCCUCUAGAUCGAGCAUCCCCACUACCCACCACUCCGUGCCACACAACGACGAGAUUCGGCAGGCGGCCCUCCGCGAGGAAGACGCAAAGGCGACUUUUGAAAAGUGCUUUCUCAGUUUCUGCUACGACGUGAGCCCGGCCAUGCACUCGCCAGAUCUGGAGGUCAUCGCCGUCGGAAGUAGUGGAAGCAGUUACGACGGAACCAAUCUGCUACGACCACCGGGACGAGUUCUUGCUCCCGGCUCCGCGUCCGCGCUGGUACCUCCUGCUCACUUCUUUCACUUUUUCCUUCAAAACUUUUUUUUUUUUGCACAUGCAAAUCACCCAUCAUGAAAACCCGACACCUUUUCGGACGUGAAUGGGCCCCGCUUGCAGUGGGCGGCUAUUUGUGCAGGCUGGGCUGGCUAGUGGGAAGACAGGGGCAGAGCGGGCUUGCCCGUCGGCUGCGUCGCAGAUUCGUCCCUAGCGCCUUGGCCUAGAGGUGCGCGGCAGGUAGGUCCCCCGCCGCGGCCUUGGCGCGUCGAGAGGUAGUGCAGGAUAUAGCGGCGCAAGUCUGACGGAUCGCACAAGGGCGGCAGUCUCAAACGAGCAUGGCCACGGGACCUGGCGCGCCCUUGCUUCCAAAGUACUCUGCGAGGCGCAGACAGUGUAGGCGCAGAAGCCAAUAAAGUCGCCCACUUUAUUCCGGACCCGGCUGUGUAAGACCCAUUCUUACCGGGUUCGCGUGAUCAUUUUUCCGGACAUCGCUUUUGAAAAGCUGAAAACUUGCGGAAGCAAAAAGAGGGCUCGGGCCCCCCCUUGAGGGGGGGGGGUUUGGGGGAACCCCCUUCGUGGAGAUACCAAUGGGGAGUACCCUUCUGAGGAGGCCCAAAAAGGGGGGGGGUUUGGGGUUGCCUCUGGGGUACCCCCUGGGGCCUUUUGUUUGCUUCCGGAGACGCAACAUCCUUUUGCUCUUUGUAAAACAACCGGGGCUGAAAAGCACUGGCCCGAGACCAAAACCCGAAGUCAUGGCGUAUCCGCGGCGCCUAAGUCAUUGGGGCCGUCGCGCCUCGGCUUGGUUGCAUAAUUCUUUUUAUCCGACCAGCGCCAAGCCAUACGGUGUUUGUCCGGCUCCUGCGCCUGCCGUCACGGACCGGACCCGGGACGCAACAGGCGGAAAACUUCGCCCUGUUCCUGCAUGCAGACCAGCAAAUUUGACAUGGGCAUAAAGCCGCAGCGCCCACGCGUGAGAUAGUCGCCGCCGAGACGAUAUCUACUUCUCGCGCUGGGUGAUGCGCAUGGCGAAAAAAAAAAAAGUUUUGAAGGAAAAAGUUUCUGCCACUGCCAUAAGUUCUUGCUCCCGGCUCCGCGUCCGCGCUGGUACCUCCUGCUCAGAGGUACGGCGGCCCCGGCGGGAGCGGUAGUAAUUCCUCUUUACCGUCAAUAGCAGAAGACGGUCUGAACAAAAACUAUCCAGGCGCUGCUGCUGCUGGCGCACCGGCGGCUACACGAGAAUCCCUGCGCGAUUUGAUGAUGCAGGAAGAUCUGUUUCUCACACCGACGACAGUUUCAUCCUCGGGCAACAGUGCGGCGCAGCAGGCCUGGCAGGUUCGGCAGCAGGAAUUAUUGGAGCAGCUCUCCGCACGGAAACCAAAAACGGUACAAGCAAAAAUCGGGCUGUUCGGGCACGGAUGACGCUUAGACGGCUUUCAAUAGAAUAAGAAUACUGGAGUAGCGAAAGAGAGUACAUGACGCUAAACUAGAGAGCAUAUUAAACUAGCACCGCUGGACGAGGUAAAGAAUACUACACACAC